GUCCUUGUACGAACUUGGCAGGGUAGAGGUCAAUUGCUGAGUAUUCGUACUGGUUAUAUGCCCUAGAACGCGAGACCAGGGAAGAAUGCAAUACCGUAGUCAGAUGGAAUAAUAUAUUUACUAGCCCUAAAACAUCCACCUCCUAGGAGCUUAAGGCACGAAAGCAGAAGACAUUUCCCUGUCCGCUGUAGGAACAAACCGAACAACUCAAACCAAGCUUUGGGAUCUAGAUGCGAGAGAUCAAAAACUGUUAGCUUUCUAUGCUAGCACUAUCAACAAUGGAUUGUAUGUGUUUGAUUAAUUUGAUUUAAGCCUUCUGGUCGUUAAACUGUGUAGAAAACUGCGUGUGACCAGAACAAAUCCAAAGUGGGUUCUAUGGGUACACAAAUAGUUAGUGGCGAACACUCUUUAUGGGGUUCACUGGAUCGAAGUAAAAAUGGUCCAUCUCUCAUAAACAAACUAUUGAUAAAAGCCGCACAUACUGCUUCAUGUUCUAUAGACCUGACUUCAAUGGUACGAAAGGAGGAGGAACAUUAUAUACAUCAUCCUGAGUCUAUAAGUUAUCUUAUCCUUCAAGAUAGGUCAAAUGGCUCAUCAUGGAAGUCACAAGAGGAAAUACAGCAAAAUGGUCUUGAACACUCUAGACUUCAACCAUUUAUCCAUGAGAGAAAAAAGCCAAACGAACAAAGAUCGCAUGCGAUUCUUACUGGUGAUGUAUCAUUUAAAGAAGAGAGACAACAUGGUUUACUGAAAAUAUGGCGUCAAAGUAUAUUGGUCAACUUGAAAUCAAGCUACCUACCGAAAAAAAUGAGACAGUAUUUUUGGGAAGGUGUCCCUGCAGCCAUUCGUGGUCAGGUAUGGUCUUUACUUCUUGGUGACAAACUUGGAAUCACUAGAAACUUAUUCAAUGCUUGUUUAAGUGAAAGUAAACGUCAUCUGGUAUCAAAUGCUAAUCAACGAUCUACUAGUUUCAACUAUAAUAAAUCAAAAUGUGCAAAUCACAUAUUCUCAACUUCAUCUCUCGAUUCAAUAACUUCAAAAGAUAAUGCAGCUUGUUGCGAUGUAUGCAAUUAUAUUUUUAGCAGACUGAAUACAAUACCAAUCAAACGCGAAUUCACACGUGCUUGCACUACUGACCAACUUGUAUUAUACAAUGGUAAUUUGGUGAAAACAUCUCAGUCUGAUAGGAAUUCUUUGAAUAAAUCAACCAUUUUCCCAGAUGACUCUUCUAAAUUGGAUAUUUUCGAAUUUGAGCAAUUUAGUGUAACAGAUGAUGUUGUAAAUUUACCUGCUGUUAAGUUUGAUGUGUGUCAAACAUUUCCGACUUUAAGUCUGUUCCAGUUUGGUAAUCCCUAUCAUGAAAAAUUGCACGAUUUACUGGCGGCAUAUAUCACCUAUAAACCUGAAGUUGGUUAUGUGCCAGGCAUGUCAUUCAUAGCUGGUAUACUCUUGAUAGUUUUGGAUAAUACCUAUGAUGCAUUUGUAAUGUUUGCAAAUAUCUUAGCUAAACCAUGUCAUCAGGCAUUUUACAAUGUAGAUGAAGAAAAGUUUUUAAUAUGUGUUAAUACAUUUGAUAACAUGUUUGAGGAAUAUCUACCUCGUUUGCACGCCCAUACCAAAAAAAUUGGCUUCGAAACAAACAUGUUUCUAUUCGAUUGGUUUUUCACUAUAUUUAGUUGUACACUUCCCUUAGAAACUAGUAUGAGAUUAUGGGACUUGUAUUUCGUGUACGAAGAAUCUGCUCUGUUCUAUACAGCUCUGGCAAUACUGAAAUUAUACGAAAAAGAUUUGCUAUCCUUUAGUUUUGAUGACUUCUCUUCAUUUUUAAUGGAUACCUCAGUGUUGAAUACAUUGACCCCUGAAAUUUUAAUUCCGACUAUUUAUUCGUUUGAUCAUCCGAAACGCUUUACUACACAUUCACAUGUGAACAAAACACGAUAUAUUGCAAGUCAUGAGUCUUUAUUUGCUAUGCAUCAAUUGUCAUUAUCUGUUUUUAAGGAAGAUAUGCCUGAAUCUAUGUGUAAAUUUCCAUCGAGUUUUUCUAUCACUCAAAAAUCUUAUCAAAAAAUGCCAAAACUUUAUCACAUGGAUCAUUCAGCACGCAGUCCACGUACAAUAUCUGAUGAAUCUGAUGGUGCUUUAGACGUUGAUGACCAGUAUUUUAAUCCAAAAUUCAAGAAGCCUUCUUAUCAUUCUGAACUUUCAUUGAUGACAUAUAAUGAUAAUGGUAUGAAUCAAAUAAACUUGAACAAAAUGCAUAAUCAUAAUGAUUUGAGCAUCAAAAAUAUGUAUAAACUUAACAAUUCAGAAGGCAAGAAAAAACGCUGUACAAAUCCGUGUUUUUCUCAUCACUUAGGUAUGUCAUCGAUAGAAAGGAGAUUGAAAAAUAAUCCCGAUAAAAAAUCACCUGUCUAUUAUUAUUCACAAAAUAAUGUAAAUGAAUCAACUUUUGAUCAUUUUGUUGGCAUCUUACAACAGAAUCAAAGAGUGUCAACUUCAGCUGAAAUGAUACCAUGAAUAACUUGAAUACAACUUGACGUUUACUCUUUGAGGCCUGUUGACACAAACUACCAAAGCUCAGAUGACACUAAACCAACAUCUUCCUAAUUAUGAGCUACAAAUCUUUUUUAUCAUUCUUACGUUUGUCCAUCAGUUGCUUUUUUUGCUUAAAUUCUAUGUAUAUGUAUGUGAAAUAAAAACGAUUCAUAGUUAAUUUAAGGCGUCUGUGUAUACACGUCAUUACACACAACCUAUUGUCCAAAAACUACCCAAACAGUUCCCUUAUUAUUUUUCUUCAAGAAGACUGUACUCUAAUGUUUUUCAAUAUGUGUAUAUGCCUUAUUUUAAUCCACUGUUAUUCAUCUAACCUUUCAUAUAUUAUUUCUUGUUAACAUAUCAAUCACAUUUAUAAGUUAAUUUAUAUUUUGGAUCAUUUGUUCUAUACUCCUUACAUUACCCUUUAUCUUAUAGUCAUGUUUUUAGCAAUAUGAACUUCAACCAAAGUACUCGCCUUAUUUUCUAACAUUUGAUCUCAUUAGAUUGUUGUUUGUUUUAAGCGAAAAUGUCAUUGUUUUACUGAAUUAAUUAAGUUGAUAAGUGUAUGUAAAUGUAAUUAUUUUUUAAAUUGAAUUUUAAUUUCAAAGAUACAUGUGGAAUGUUAUUUUACCAUUCUUUAUUUACUACUACAAUAUUAGAGAUUCAUUUGUAUAUUGUUGAGAUUUUUUUCUCGUUUGUACUUUUAUACAACAAGGAAACAGUUCAGUGUCAGUCUAUUGAUGUGUUGAAUGGUUACAAAUUAGUCAGUACUGUACGCU